AUGCCAAAGGUUAUCGACGCUGCCGUGCGACACGCACGUUGCCAGCUAGUGAGACGGACGGGCGUUUCAGCUCGAAGGGUCCAUUUUGACGACGACUCGGGCUAUGGAUACUGUAUCCGGAACGUGCCGUUUAUGUCGUGGGUCAUGUACACCAUGAUGGGGUUCAGCGAGUGUCUCACUUUGUUUUUGGGACUGCUGCCCGACUUCAGUAUGUGGCGUCCGACUCGUGGUGGUGCGCGGUGCACGAACGACUUCAAGCCGCCUAUUCUCAAGGAACAGCGGCCGACGGUCGACAUCUUUUUGUAUCACUACGUGGAACCGGUCGCGGGUUUGAUGCAGACAGUGAAGAUCUGUCUUUUGCUGCAGUAUGCACCCGAGCUCGUUCGCGUCUUUGUGCUGGAUGAUGGCAACACUGGGUCUGUGUGGGACGCGAACGACCACUUGAAGGUGACGAUGAACAGCAAUGUGAUUGAGAUACGUGGUGACUUGCGCGACAAUCUUGCGCGACUCGUGCUCGAGCGUGUGAUGGGCCUGAUCAAGACGACCAAAUCUUGA